AUGGCCGCCGCAAUCUCGCGCGUGCGCACUAGAGACGGCCGUGUGGAUCUCGCGCUCCUCCGCGAGAUCCAAGAUGGCCGCCGUGCGCACUCAGGACCGGUGGAGGCGUUCCCCACGGUCCGAAAAGCCCGGGAAAACGGGGCAAAAUGCUGCACGAAGAAAAAUCGGGCUAGAGCAAGGUAAAAACAAUAAAAGGGAAAAAAUUAGACAAGAUAGUGAGAAGUAAAAGGAAAUACCAAAGAAAUACCAAAGAAAAAAUAAAUAAAAUGAGGGAAAAACAUAUAUUAAAUAGCUAAAUUUAGGAAGUAAAAGGUAAAAGAGCAGACUCAAAAGUAUAUGAUAAGUAGGGUAUGUAUAUAUAUAUACAGAGAAAUGAAUAAAGCAUAUGACAGAUAAAUUAGUAAAUAAACCACAGAAACCCACAGAAGUAGGAGACAGUGGCACUCUGAAAGCAGCAAAGAAAGAGAAAUGACAUCACUGGGAGGGACUUAUAUACCUUGUUAUUCCUUUUUUCUUAUUGGUUACCUUGUUACUAUGUGAAAAAGUGCUGCUGUGAAGCUUAAGUAAAGAAAGUCUUAAGCAAAUACGAAGCUUCCUGUCAUGUUAUAAAAUUGGAGAGCAAACGAUGAUAAAAAUAAGAAUAUAUACAAUAUAUACAUAAAACAGGAAGGGAAUCAAAUCACGGACAAUUAUUAUUCACAGUUGGCACAUGAGUAAUUUACGAAGAAUUCCCUUUUGAAUCUCUUAGAUCUAUAUCUGAAGCUUCAUGUUCAUUAUAUACUCAGCCAGCAUUUUAAGUUGUAUCGACCAAGACUUGUCUUAAAGCAAUGGCGAGCUUCCGCAUGUCUUGUUUUUUCUAUAUGUUUUCUUUAAAUGAAGACUAUUUCUGUUUGACGAUAUCUUUACAUUAUAUCUCUUUAAUAAAAAGAGAUUGCACAAAAGAAUCGUGAAGACUAAACUAUUUUAACAACUUAAUCCAAGCUUCACAGCUGUACAUAACACUGGCGUAAGUAUCUAAUUUAUCCAGAAUUUUGAAUAUAACAUUUGCAUCGAUCUAUGCUAUAGGUGUGUUAGAUUGUGAAUUGCAGAACCACAAACUAAACUUUUUGGUUUAUCCUGGUAGCUAAGCAGUUAAAAGAAAGUUUGCUCCAUCUACAAUCCAUGGAUAGAAAAUCCUGUCCCCUCCUGCUGUGUACCCCCGCUCACCACAUAACAGGUGACGUCAAUGCCAUCUCUUUGUCAUCCUAGUUCUGUUCAGAGAAAGAGAGAAGCAGAGAUACUGACCCACUAACCUGGUAAUUGCACUGUACACUAACCUGGCAAAAUGGUUAUUUUUUAAUGUGUGUGUACUAACCUGACAAGUGGUGAAUGUGUGUUUUUUAUCCAGAAUAUAAAGCACAUGGGAACACACUGUGCAAAAUAAAUGGCUUAUGUCAUCUACGACUUUGUUCUGUAGACCACGUUGGAGAACAAUAGACAAUAAGCAAUGCUACUUUGGAUGUCAUGUUUUAUAAUCUAGAAAACAAACAUCACUGUAUCCUUAUCGGAAAAACAUUUAUUUUACUAUUAUUUAAGACUGAAAAUGUUAGGAUCAAUUAAUCUGAUCUGAAUUUACAAAAGUCAAACUGACGUUGGUAUCGUCAUUUUAUUUGGUAGUAGAACAUCAAUGUGGUAGAUUGUUUGAAGGUCUGGAUUUGGUCUGUUUUUAUCAAUAUUAGUGUGUAGAGUAAAUGUCAUCAGAUAAUCUUUUAGGAUAUACAUGUUAUGUAGUGUCCCUUACAGUGGGAAUAUUACAUAAAUCAGGAAGAUAUUGUAUGUUAGUACAAAACAAUUCUAGAAUUAGAGAAAUGUAACUCACCAGGAGGUUGUUUUUUUUUACUAUAUACUAUAUAGAAUUGAAAACAGAUUAUCCAGUGGUUAAGCAAAAAUCUAUACUUGUGUUGGAGAUUAUUUCUAUCAUUGGGGUAAAUUACAAUCCAACGUCCAUAUCCGAUCAAUAACCAUUUCUGACUUUUACCUGGUAUAGGUUUACAGUCCAGGAACAUUACAACCUUUUUCUUUCGGUAACACUGCCAAAGUUAGUAAUUAUUAUUGACUUAAAACUAGGUUUAACAGUGGUCAUUGCUAAUCACGAGAACUCAAGAAAAAUGUGAGGUUAAAGACAAAUGAAUGGAUCCAUUUUUGAAUAUUGUGACCUGAAUGUUCAACCCCUUUCAUAGUGUGAUGGUGAUGAUAAAGAGUGACAUAUUUAUCAAUGAUCGAUUCAAUACUAAAAAACAUUGAUAUGCCUGAUGUUAAGCAUGCUCAAAUUGAAAACAAAAUGUAUACAUGUGUAUUUGUUGUUGUGCUAUCAAUUCUGUAUUUUUGUUGUUGUUUUAGUACUUAUUAGUAUGCUAUAUAUAUUUUUUUUGUUGUUUUUUGGUUUUGUAAAUAUCAAUUUUAUUGUUCAUUUUUAAGACACUUUCAAUAUUAAACAUAAUGGGACAUGCUGGUCCCUACGUUUGAUCGCUGUAGAUGGUUUUGCAGGAUCCAAAAAUCACUAAAUAUAACAGAUUUAUACAGGACUCUGCUAUGGAGUGUCCAUAUUAAAUUUUAUUGAUUAAUGAGGAAAUAUUGUUAUAAGUUUGGUGAAGUAGCUUCACAUCAGGGGUGGUUUUUUGUGGUGUAUACUCUGAUCACAAAAAAAAAAACUUUUGGGGAAUCAAUUAAUUAAUAUAAAAGUGUUAUCUGUGAUUUAACAGGCUUUCUUAUGUUAAAUUUACUAGAUGUCCAAUGGUUCUGUUAGUGUAUUGAUAUCUCUUCUCCAAAACAAUUGGGAUUCCUUAAGGAUCACUUGUUAACUGGUUAAAAUAUCAGAACGGUGGGAUUGUGAUGCCUCGGACAUUGCUAAUGGCUCAUCAGCAGAACAUUUUUUGAUUAAAUGAAUACCCUAAACACCGUAAUCCCUGAGGUUUUAUAUCAUACCUCGGGUCUGUGGGCGCCUAUCACCUCCUCUAUGAGAGGUGGAAACUUUGACCUAAACCCGUAGGUGCAGGGCUUAGCUCAUUGGCUGAGAGCAAUCAGCUGACACUCUCAAUAAAUGGUCCUGCAUGGCAGAGUUUAACUACAGGCCCUCCAAAGAGGAAGUGACCAGUGCUCAGUAGACCCCAGGUAAAAAGUCAAACAGGUUGACUACUUACACUGGAGCGACAGGGCAUUGUAGUUGUUAUGGUGCGUGGUGUAUUCCUUUAAAUAAAAAAAAUUACCCCUUCAUUUUUAUAUUUUUGGCCCCAAAUACAACCAAUGUAUCCUGCAUUAUUUCCCCUGUCCAUGGUACUGACACUGAAUAUUCUACUAAAAUAAAAAUAUUUGUGAGAAAUAGGGCUAUAAGACCUCGUUUCUGCCAAGUAUAAACAAUUACUGGUGUGUUCAAAAUCAUAGUUCAAUUAAUUUAUUGGAUAUUUAUGGAACACAAACUUUAUUGGUUUAAACUCACUCCUUAGACUCAAAACCAAGGGGUUAAUGAACAAAACCAGGAAUAGCAGGAAUUGAAAAGCUACUGAAAAAUGCCACGGUCACAGUCAUGGGCAAAGUACUACAUGAAAGGAUAAGUCAUGAUUUUUAAAUUGAAUAAUAAAUAUUGUAACCAGGUCCAUUUACAGUAACCGAGUAGAACUGUAUGAGUUUAAUUUACUGCGCUAUGACUAUGUAGUAUUAUCUUUGAAUACAAACGCACUACAUUUGCCAAUAUCCUUGAACAAAUAAUUAAUACACUAUGCAGAGAGGUUCCCAUGGGUCUUUAAUAAUCAAGGAGUACUGGAAUUGGCCCUCAAUAUGAUGAGGGAUUAACAAUAUGCAGUGGAUCCCAGCAAAGGUACGAGAGUUCUUCCCCUUCCUCUUGUUAAUCUACCCAAUGUAAACGAGGGAACAUAAUCAAAAUGACUUUCCCCGGACUCACUUUUAACUAGGACUAUCUUGCCAGGGGCCGUCCCUUAAUCCCUCGCACUAUAAAAGUCAAAGUAAGUUAUUGCUGUUUCACUCUACUGGUCAUGAAAUAGGUCAAUUAUGUCCUUCCCUUUCCCCUAUAGAAUAGAAAUAAUUACAUUAUUAAAGGGGAUUCAAGGAUAAGCUAUUUAUUCUAUCUCCAUUGUACAGGCAAGGAGUGAAAACAAAAUGUCCAUUAGAGCACUGAAAUGGUUACUAUAGCCAGGGCUUGAGAGGGUUCACAUAAUUAUUAAUGGUUGGGGCCUUGAAAAUAUGUAGGAGAUGUGAAGUGUGACUUUAGAUAUACUGAGGGCAGUAUGGGUCUUUCAUAUCUUUUUAUUAUUCUACCAGAUUUUAAAGCGAUACUCUACUCAUGAUCUGUGCAUCAAAACCACUCCAUUAAGAUAAAGGGGUCUAGUGCUUAUUUUGUCCCUUUAAAGCAGGCUUCCCCAAACUCCAGCCCUCCAGAUGUUGCCGAACUACAACUCCCAUGAUUCUAGGAAUGAAAUAGAUAGGCUGAGAAUCAUGGGAGUUGUAGUUCAGCAACAUCUGGAGUGCCGGAGUUUGGGGAAGCCUGCUUUAAAGCAUCACUUUGAUAAAUGUUUUGUCUAUCGAUUUCUAUUGUGUAUUGCAUUUAGCAUUGGAUAUCAAACCUAGCGUAAAUUCUUCAAUCAUUUGGUAUUUACUUCGAUAAUUAUUGAUAACCUACAGUUGUAAAUAUGCAUCUUAUUUGAAUAAUUUUACAGGAUUAUUCAUACUGUAAGGAAUAAAAAUGAAUUUUCAAUUUAAGGCCAAAAUAGAUGAAGUGGAAACAUAGCUGACGUCAACAAUUUUUCCAGUUCUGCUUUUUUGGCCUUAAAUUUGAAAUUCACUUUGCAUUCCCAACAAUUCUCCAUUUAGUUAAUAUUCUUGUAUAUGUGCAAAAUUUGACCAUGGCAUUCUUACGUAUAUUUCUAUAUCAUUAUUUUCCAUCCUAGGCCUCGAUUUACCAUUUUCGGAUAAGCUUUUCAAAUGAUUUAAUAUUUUUGGAUAAACAGUUAAAAUUAUUUAAUAGUCUGAAAAAUAGUUUAAUAUUCUUUGAUAUGUUUUUAUAUGUAAUAUAUAUAUAGAAAUUUAAAAAUAUAUAUUUUUUUACGUUUAUCCAAAAAUAUAAAACGGAGGUCCUCCUCCCAUCACUUCCUUGGUUUGAGUUUCUGUAGGGAGUAAAUAGCUGUAAUUCAGGUGAAAUACUAGUCAUAAAUUACUUUGUAACUAUUGGUUACGUUUCCUUUUUUAGAAUAAAUGUUUUGCAACAGUGUCACCCCCAAUGCCAGUACUAGGAUAGAUUGGCAUAUUGUUUGAGAGAUUUGAUUAGCUUUCUACGUAUACACCUGCAUAAUUUUGGUUACCAGACAGCCACUAGAGGGACUUCCGGGUAUUUAGGCGGCUUUUGGUCGCCUGACACUGGACGUCCUUACGCUAUGCAUGAGGACAUCCAGGGUUAUGUAAAACCCUAAAGCAGUGAUAUCCAACCUGUGGUACGCGUACCCCCAGGGGUACAAUUCAGUGCCCCAUGGGGGUAUGCAAAAUAAUGGUUGCAGUGCCGGUGGCGGUGCUGGACACCGCACGGGCUGGGAAUCGCUGGCUGAGUCUAUCCACAUGAUCCUUAAGACCAACUUCAGCAACAUCAACCCAAUCACCCUGAAUGCAAGUGCCCUGGAGGAAGUACAGUUCUUCACCUACCUGGGCAACAUCAUCGACCAGCAAGGUGGAACAGAUGCAGAUGUCAAGGCAAGGAUCGGCAAAGCAAGAGUCCCCUUCAUCCAGCUCAAGAACAUUUUGGAUUCCAGAGAGCUAACCUUGACCACCAAGUUCCGACUGUUCAACUCCAAUGUGUAG